CUACCCGAAAGAAAUGCAGGGAGGGAGCAGUCAGUCUCUUUCUGCUUGCGGAGGUGUGGGAGAAGCUGCACGGAGGGAGCCCCGAGAUCCAGGCUGUGAAAUGGCAUCGGAGUGACAUUCUAGGUCCUUCCCCCUUUCUCUAGAGGGGAAACAGCCACUAUGUGGCCAGCUCAGAGUCUGGUGACCUUUGAGGAGGUGGCCUUGCAUUUCCCAGAGGAUGAAUGGGCCCUGCUGGAUCCAGGCCAGAGAGCCCUUUACAUGGAGGUCAUGGCGGACGUUCAUGAGAUGAUAACCUCCCUGGGAGGUGUCCGGAGGAUCAUGGCUGAGGGGGAACCCUCAGAAAUGUCACCAGAAAGACCUGAAGAGCAGAAGAAGGAACAAGAAGUGGGGAGUCAAGAUGGAGCAGAGAGGGAAGAGGAGAGCAAAAUGCAGAAGCCGGGAGAUGAAUCCAGAACUUCUCAGGGUGGUGAAUAUAAAAUUCAACAGGAAACUCAUCACCUACAGGAAAUGAGAGUGCCUCCAGAGUGCAGUAAAAUCUUAAGCUGCCAAGAAGUCCUCAAACAGCGAGGGCAUAUGACGGAGAAGGCAUACAAUUUUUUGGAAUGUGGGAAGGGAUUCCUUGAUAAAUCGAGCCUUGCUAGACACCAGACAGUUCACGCUAGAGAGAAACUGAAUUCAUCCUUAAGCUGUGGGGAAAGUAUCAGUAUUAGUCAGAGUGGUGGAAGGCUUGGUUCCUUUCAAAAACAACAUAUAGGGGGAAAAACAUCUAAAUCUACUGAAGGUGACAGUAGCUGUCCUGAUCUGUCAACGAUUGUUAGGCAUGAGACGAUAUACACUGCAGAGACAUUUUAUGAAUGCUUGGAGUGUGGUGAAAACUUCAGGCAGGAUUAUCAACUGGCUAGACAUCAGAGAAGUCACACGAUGGAAAAAACAUGUAUGUGGCCUGACUGUGGGAAAUGUUUCACCCAGAGAUAUAAUCUGACAAGACAUCAGAAGAAUCACACAGGUGAGAAGCCAUAUACACAGUCUGAUGGUGGGGAACAUCUCGGCAAUAGCUCAAAUCUUACUGGACCUAAGAGAGUGUACACAGCAGAGAAACCACAUAAAUGCUGGGAGUGUGGAAAGACCUUCCAAAUGAGCACAAAUGUCAAUUCACAUGAAAGAGCUCAAAGAGGGGAGAAAGAAUAUGAAUGCUUGGAGUGCGGAAAGAGCUUCUGUGAGAGUGGCACCCAUACUAAACAUCUAAGAAUCCAGACAGGGGACAAACCUUACAAAUGUUUGGAGUGUGGAAAGAGCUUCACUCAGCAUUUCCAGCUAACCAAACAUCAAAGAACUCAUAUAGGGAACAAACCUUUUAAAUGCUUGGAGUGUGCAAAGAGCUUCACUCAGUAUUGCCAGCUUACUAGACAUCAGAGAACUCAUACAGGGGACAAACCUUAUAAAUGUUUGGAUUGUGGAAAGAGCUUCACUCAGUAUUGCCACCUUACUGGACAUCAAAGAACACAUACAGGGGACAAACCUUAUAAAUGCUUGGAGUGUGGAAAGAGCUUCAGUCUGAGUGGCACACUUACUAAACAUCUAAGAAUCCAUACAGGGGCCAAACCUUAUAGAUGCUUCGAAUGCGGAAAGAGCUUCAGUCAGAGUGGCACCCUUACUGCUCAUCAAAGAACUCAUACAGGGGACAAACUUUAUAAAUUUUUGGAGUGUGGAAAGAGCAUCACUCAGUAUCACCACCUUACUAGACAUCAAAGAACUCAUACAGGGGACAAACUUUAUAAAUGUUUGGAGUGUGGGAAGAGCUUCAGUCAGAGUGGCAACCUUUCUUCGCAUCAAAGAACGCAUACAGGGGACAAACCUUAUAAAUGCUUGGCGUGUGGGAAGAGCUUCACUCAGAACGGCAACCUUAUUUCACAUCAAAGAACCCAUUCAGGGGACAAGCCUUAUAAAUGCUUGGAGUGUGGAAAGGACUUCAGUCACAAUAGCGCCCUUACUAGACAUCAAAGAACCCAUACAGGGGAGAAGCCUUAUAAAUGCUUCGAGUGUGGAAAGAGCUUCAGUCACAGUUGCACCCUUACUGUACAUCAAAGAAUUCAUACAGGGGAGAAACCUUAUAAAUGCUUUGAAUGUGGAAAGAGCUUCAGUGACAAUAGCACCUUUACUGUGCAUCAAAGAACCCAUACAGGGGAGAAACCUCAUAAAUGCUUUGAAUGUGGAAAGAGCUUCAGUCACAGUGGCACCCUUAUUGCUCAUCAAAGAUUUCAUAUGGGGGACUGUGAUGAUCCCGUAUUAGUGUAAAUAUGGUAAGUGCUGUUUGUAUAGGAGAUACAUGGUAAGUGGAAUGAAAGAGGAGGGGGGAGUGAAUGGGCAGUAGAAUGCUGGAUGAUUGGCUGAGUGUUUAGAAUGGCUGAGAGUAUAAAUGGAAGGAUGACAGUUGAAUCUGUGUGGACGGUGAUCGUGAGUGGGUUGUUUUGGUGGGUUUUUGAGAGGAGAUUGGGUGGAGAGUUGGUGGAUGUGAGGAGAGUGUGGAGUUCAGAUUAAUACUAAGACCAGUACCUCAGGAAUAGAUGAAACCAUAUGCUUAAG